AUGGCCGAAUUCAAGCUCUCAGCGCAGCUUCUUGGCCACGAAGCCGACGUGCGCGCUGUUAGCUUCCCCUCUCCCGAAUUCGCCCUUUCGGCAUCAAGAGACUGUACCAUCCGGAUAUGGCGACGAACACAGACCACGCCUCCAGCUUUUGAGGGCUCGCUUGUCAGCCGCGGCUCUGAGUACGUCAACACUGUGGCCUUCUUCCCACCAAAUCAAGAGCAUCAGAACGGUCUCGUCGUCUCGGGAGGCAAAGAUACCAUCAUCGAGGUCAAGUCGCCGAGCUUAUCAGCAGCUGAUAAUGCCGAGCGCCUUCUCAUUGGACAUGCGCACAACGUGUGUACACUCGAUGUCUCUCCUAAAGGGACAUACCUUGUCUCUGGAGGAUGGGACGGUCAGGCUCGAGUUUGGAACCUGAGCAAGUGGGAGACUGAGCACAUGCUUAGUGGCCACGAGGGCAUGGCCGUCUGGAGUGUCGUUGCCUUUGAUGAGACAACAGUGGUAACAGGAUGCGCUGACAAGAGCAUUCGAGUGUUUGAUCUGAAGCAGUCAAGGGGCGGCGACGUCAUGCCAGCAGCCACCAUCUACACUCCCGAUGUUGUCCGAGCGCUGUGCAAGGUUCCCAAGGGCCACCCCAGCGGUGCCGAUAUCGCCAGUGCAAGCAACGAUGGUACUCUGCGGCUGUGGAAGCUGAACGGUCAGCAGGUCGGUGAGCUCCAUGGGCAUGAAAGCUUCGUGUACAGCCUGGCAAGUUUGCCAUCCGGUGAACUCGUCAGCUCUGGAGAGGAUCGGACCGUCAGGGUGUGGAAGGGAACCGAAUGCAUCCAGACCAUCACGCACCCAGCCAUAUCUGUGUGGACAGUUGCUGUCAAUCCAGAGACGGGAGACAUCAUUUCAGGCGCCAGUGAUGGCGUUGCACGCAUCUUCACUCGGCGACCAGAGGCUGUAGCAGAUGAAGCCACACUGAAGGAAUUCCAGGACUCAGUCAAAGCCUCGGCUAUCCCGCAACAACAGCUCGGUGGCAUCAACAAAGAAAAGCUGCCUGGUCCAGAGUUCCUGACGUCCAAAGCAGGCACCAAAGAGGGCCAAGUCCAGAUGAUCAAGGAGAGCAACGGCAACAUCACUGCGCACACGUGGUCUAUGGCCCAGCAGCAAUGGAUCAACGUUGGUACGGUAGUGGAUGCUGUUGGUAGCACGGGCAAGAAGGUUGAGUACAACGGGCAGUCUUACGAUUAUGUCUUUGACGUCGAUAUUGAAGACGGAAAGCCUGCGCUCAAGCUCCCCUAUAAUCUCUCGGAGAACCCUUACGAGAGAGCGACCAAAUUCCUCAACGAUAACGAACUGCCCCUAACCUACCUAGAUAACGUGGCCAAUUUCAUCACCGAAAACACCAAGGGUGCCACCCUCGGAAAGUCUGAACGAUCCACAGGGCCCGAUCCAUACGGCACCGAGUCACGAUAUCGCCCUGGAGAGGAAUCUCAGUCUCAAACGCCAAAGGUGCUACCGCAGAGGGAAUACCUCAAUAUUUCUGCCGCAAAGUACGAAGCCAUCCUAAACAAAAUUUCCAAUGUUAACAAGACCAUGGUCUCGUCUGGGCGAAAAGAUGUGGCUCUUAAUCCAGGAGAAGAGGCCACACUGCAUUCAUCAAAGGAAGCUCUAGACUCUUCGAAGGCUAUUACAACCCCAACUCUCAACGUAAUCCUCAAGAUUGUCACUGAGUGGCCCUAUGCUGAUCGACUGGCCGGCCUUGAUUUGCUUCGCUGUGUGGCUAGAUACCCUAUAGCCGCGCAAUUCAAGGGCCCUCAAGGCCUGACCCUCUUGGACAUUGCCGUGGCCUCGUCGAUUCCUGACGACUUUCCACCCAAUGAGAAUGCCGCCAUGAUGGGCGCACGAACGAUUGCCAACCUAUUCAGCUCUGCCGACGGACGAAGCCUGGCUAGCUCUCAAGCAGACAAGGCCAUUUCGUUUUUGGAACGUGUCACGGGCAUCAAGGGCGGAGAGCCAAUUGGCAAAUUCAACCGCAAUGUGCUGGUCGCUUUGACAACAGUGGCCGUCAACUACUCUGUCCUUGUCAACAAGGAGAAGCUGCUGAAUCCCGAACAGCGACGACGGCUGGUCACUGUGCUUGGCACUAUCCUCAAGGACCAGACCGAUUCAGAGGUUCUCUAUCGCGCACUAGUCGCUCUCGGCACUAUCCUCUCAACUUCCAAGGAUGAAGCCAAGAGCUUGGGAGUAGCGGCAUGGGUUGAAGGAGCAUCGAGCAAGAGUACCGAGGAACGGAUCAAGGGAGUUGCGAAUGAGUGCUUAAAGGUAAUCCCGCGAUAG